AUGGGUGCACAAGAAAGCAAGCGAUGGUCAGAACUGGUUCCAGAAACACCUCAAGCUGAAGAUAAACGUCUUACAAGACUUCAAAUCCCCGAUCCGCGGUCCCCGUUUUCUGAAGUACAGCGAACUCCGAUUCAAUUGGAAUGCUACGAAGAAUCACCCCAGAACCGAGAACUGAACGUUGUGGAUCCAAGAUCGCCGAGUUUUCUAAUAGAUCGCACUCCUAUUACUGUUGCCGUUGGACAGGAAGUAGCACAAUCAAAAGAAAAAUUUGAAGUCGCUGUACAGGAGGAAGAGGGAAAAUCGACCGAUCAUGAUGAGGUCACAGAAAGCCAGAACGAAGAACACAACGAUGAGGCCGCUUUCGAAGAGCCGCCCUCACCAGACAUCCAACACAUUAAUAGACUCCUCAGCGAGACCUCUGUUUCUCCUGUUUCACCAGGAGCUCCACUCUCUAAGAAAGAUAAAGCGCGAUUGCUAAAGAAAACCACAAGCCCGAACGACUUUAAGAGAAAGCGAAGGCUCUCAGAACGUCGUCCUUCCGUCCCUCAAAAGCUGUUCUCAGACAAGGUUGCUCCCGCCCCACGAUCUCCCCUUGCUCAGAGAAAUUCAGUUAUUUUGACUGAAGCAGUAAAGAAAGGAAACAGGGUUUCAUUCCGCGCACAGAAAACCAAGAGACUGAGCUUACAAGAUGGACUUUAUUCUGGAAAAGAAAAUUCUACAGCACCACUUAUGAAUUUGUAG